GUUUUAUAGGAUCACAUUAACAAGAGCACCAUGGAGUUUUAUGAGUCAACAUAUUUUAUUGUCCUUAUUCCUUCAGUAGUUAUUACAGUAAUUUUCCUCUUCUUCUGGCUUUUCAUGAAAGAAACAUUAUAUGAUGAAGUUCUUGCAAAGCAGAAAAGAGAACAAAAGCUUAUUCCUACCAAAACAGAUAAAAAGAAGGCAGAAAAGAAAAAGAAUAAAAAGAAAGAAAUCCAGAAUGGGAACCUCCAUGAAUCUGAUUCUGAGAGUGUACCCCGGGACUUUAAAUUAUCUGAUGCCUUGGCUGUAGAAGAUGAGCAAGUUGUACCUGUUCCACUGAAUGUGGUUGAAACUUCAAGUAGUGUCAGAGAAAGAAAGAAGAAAGAAAAGAAACACAAGCCUGUAGUAGAAGAACAGGUCACCAAAGAAAGUGAUGUGUCAAAGAUUCCAGGCAAAAAAGUAGAACCUGUCCCAGUUACUAAACAGCCCACCCCCCCCUCUGAAGCAGCUGCCUCAAAGAAGAAACCAGGACAGAAGAAGUCUAAAAAUGGAAGCGGUAUUAAAGAAAAUGCUGAAGUGAAAUUUAAAGAUUUUCUUCUGUCCUUGAAGACUAUGAUGUUUUCUGAAGAUGAGGCCCUUUGUGUUGUAGACCUGCUAAAGGAGAAGUCUGGUGUGAUACAGGAUGCUUUAAAGAGGUCAAGUAAAGGAGAAUUGACUGCAGUUGUACAUCAGCUUCAAGAAAAAGACAAGUUACUUGCUGCUGUGAAGGAAGAUGCUGCUGCUAUUAAGGAUCGGUGUAAGCAGUUAACUCAGGAAAUGAUGUCAGAGAAAGAAAGAAGCAAUGUGGUUAUAGCAAGGAUGAAAGAUCGGAUUGGAACAUUAGAAAAGGAACAUAAUGUAUUUCAAAACAAAAUGCAUGUUAGUUAUCAAGAGACUCAGCAGAUGCAGAUGAAGUUCCAGCAAGUUCGUGAGCAGAUGGAGGCAGAGAUAGCUCACUUGAAGCAGGAGAAUGGCAUACUGAGAGAUGCUGUCAGCAACACUACAAACCAGCUAGAAAGCAAGCAGUCUGCUGAACUAAAUAAACUACGCCAGGAUUAUGCUAGGUUGGUUAAUGAGCUAACCGAGAAAACAGGAAAGCUACAGCAAGAGGAAGUCCAAAAGAAGAAUGCUGAACAAGCAGUUACUCAGUUGAAGGUUCAGCUACAAGAAGCUGAGAGAAGGUGGGAAGAAGUCCAGAGCUAUAUCAGGAAGAGAACAGCAGAGCAUGAGGCAGCACAGCAAGAUUUACAGAGCAAAUUUGUGGCCAAAGAAAAUGAAGUACAGAGUCUGCAUAGUAAGCUCACAGAUACCUUGGUAUCAAAACAACAGUUGGAGCAAAGACUAAUGCAGUUAAUGGAAUCAGAGCAAAAAAGGGUGACCAAAGAAGAGUCUUUACAAAUGCAAGUUCAGGAUAUUUUGGAGCAGAACGAGGCUUUGAAAGCUCAAAUUCAACAAUUCCAUUCCCAGAUAGCAGCCCAGACCUCCGCUUCAGUUCUAGCAGAAGAGUUACAUAAAGUGAUUGCUGAAAAGGAUAAGCAGAUAAAACAGACUGAAGAUUCUUUAGCAAAUGAACAUGAUCAUUUAACAAGUAAAGAGGAAGAACUUAAGGAUAUACAGAAUAUGAAUUUCUUAUUAAAAGCCGAAGUGCAGAAGUUACAGGCCCUGGCAAAUGAACAGGCUGCUGCUGCACAUGAACUGGAAAAGAUGCAAAAAAGUAUUCAUGUUAAGGAUGAUCAAAUAAGAUUGCUUGAAGAACAGCUGCAGUGUGAAAUUUCAAACAAAAUGGAAGACUUUAAGAUUCUAAAUGACCAAAACAAAGCAUUACAAUUAGAAGUUCAGAAGCUACAAACUCUUGUUUCUGAACAGCCUAAUAAAGAUGUUGUGGAACAAAUGGAAAAAUGUAUUCAAGAAAAAGAUGAGAAGUUGAAGACUGUAGAAGAACUACUUGAAACUGGACUUAUUCAAGUGGCCACAAAAGAGGAGGAACUGAAUGCAUUAAGAACAGAAAAUUCAUCUCUGACGAAAGAAGUUCAAGACUUAAAGGCUAAGCAAAAUGAUCAGGUUUCUUUUGCAUCUCUAGUUGAAGAACUUAAGAAAGUGAUUCAUGAAAAGGAUGGAAAGAUCAAGUCUGUGGAAGAGCUUCUGGAAGCAGAAGUUCUCAAAGUUGCUAAUAAGGAGAAAACUAUUCAGGAUUUGAAACAGGAAAUAGAGGCUCUAAAAGAAGAAAUAGGAAAUACCCAGCUUGAAAAGGCUCAACAGUUAUCUAUUACUUCUCAAAUUCAGGAGCUUCAGAACUUAUUAAAAGGAAAGGAGGAACAGUUGAAUACCAUGAAGACUGUUUUAGAAGAGAAGGAGAAAGACCUAGCUAAUCGAGGGAAAUGGUUACAGGAUCUUCAAGAAGAAAACAAAUCUUUAAAAGCUCAUGUUCAGGAGGUAGCACAGCGUAACUUGAAAGAGGCAUGUUCUGCAUCACGAUUUGAAGAACUUGAGACUGUGUUGAAAGAAAAGGAAAAUGAAAUGAAGAGAAUAGAAACUAUACUAAAAGAGAAGGAGAGUGAUCUUUCUAGCAAAACAAAGCUGUUACAGGAAGUACAGGAUGAAAACAAAUUGUUCAAAUCUGAAAUCGAGCAACUUAAGCAACAGAACUACCAACAGGCAUCAUCUUUUCCCCCACAUGAAGAACUAUUACAAGUAAUUUCAGAAAGAGAGAAAGAAAUAACUGUUCUUCAGAAUGAGUUAGAUUCUUUGAAGGAGGCUGUUGAACACCAGAGGAAGAAAAACAAUGACCUUCGGGAGAAAAACUGGGAAGCAAUGGAAGCAUUGGCAUCAACUGAAAAAAUGCUGCAGGACAAAGUGAACAAGACUUCCAAGGAAAGACAACAGCAUGUGGAAGCAAUUGAAUUAGAAGCUAAAGAAGUUCUCAAAAAAUUAUUUCCAAAGGUGUCUGUUCCUCCGAAUUUGAGUUAUAGUGAAUGGUUGCAUGGAUUUGAAAAGAAGGCAAAAGAAUGUGUGGCUGAAACUUCAGGUUCAGAGGACGUUAAGGUUCUAGAGCACAAGUUGAAAGAAGCUGAUGAAAUGCACACAUUGUUACAGCUCGAGUGUGAAAAAUAUAAAUCCGUCCUAGCAGAAACAGAAGGAAUUUUACAGAAGCUACAGAGAAGUGUGGAACAAGAAGAAAAUAAAUGGAAAGUUAAAGUUGAUGAAUCACAGAAGACUAUUAAACAGAUGCAGUUGUCAUUCACAUCUUCAGAACAAGAGCUAGAGCGAUUAAGAAGAGAAAAUAAAGACAUUGAAAAUCUGAGAAGAGAACGAGAGCAUUUGGAAAUGGAACUAGAGAAGGCAGAAAUUGAACGAUCUACCUAUGUUACAGAAGUCAGAGAGCUGAAAGAUCUGUUGACUGAAUUGCAGAAAAAACUUGAUGAUUCAUAUUCUGAAGCAGUAAGACAGAAUGAAGAGCUAAAUUUGUUAAAGACACAGUUAAAUGAAACACUCACAAAGCUUAGAACUGAACAAAGUGAAAGACAGAAGGUAGCUGGUGACUUGCAUAAGGCUCAAAAGUCACUGGAUCUUAUCCAGUCAAAAAUAGUAAAAGCUGCUGGAGACACUACUGUUAUUGAGAAUAGUGAUGUUUCCCCAGAAAUGGAGUCUUCGGAGAAGGAGACAAUGUCUGUAAGUCUAAAUCAGACUGUCACCCAGUUACAGCAGUUGCUUCAGGCAGUAAACCAACAGCUCACAAAGGAGAAAGAACACUACCAGGUAUUAGAGUGAAGUAACUGGCAAACUGUUCAUUCAAGGAUAACAGAAGGCAUUGUAUUAUAUUUUGCCAAAUUAAAGCCUUAUUUAUGUUUUCACCCUUUCUACUUUGUCAGAAACACUGAACAGAGUUUUGUCUUUUCUAAUCCUUGUUAGACUACUGAUUUAAAGAGAAAAAAAAAGCCAACUCUGUAGACACCUUCAGAGUUUAGUUUUAUAAUAAAAACUGUUUGAAUAAUUAGACCUUUACAUUCCUGAAGAUAAAAUAAACAUGUAAUCUUUUAUCUUAUUUUGCUCAAUAAAAUUGUUCAGAAGAUCAAAAGUGGUAAAGACAAUAUAAAAUUUAACAUUUUAAUACUGAUGUUGUACACUGUUUUACUUAACAUUUUGGGGAGUAACUGCCUCUGACUUCAAGAAAACACUUUUUUGUUGCUAAUGUAAUCCGUUUUUUGUAAUGGCGUCAGCAAAUAAAGGGAUGCUUAUUAUUCAAA